AUGAUUCUGUUAGUAAUUCUUCAAGGUCUCUUUUAUACCUCUGUGGCUCUUGGUUCUCUUCAUGUACUUCAUUAUUUUCUCUUUCAAAGAAAAAGAAUGAAACAUUCCAUGCGAGGAAAGAAUGUAUUAAUUACAGGUGGAUCAACAGGUAUUGGUCUCGGUAUUGCAAUUGAAUGUUUAAAACAAGGAUGUGCCAAUUUAAUUAUUGUUGCUCGAAACCGAGACAAGUUAGAACAAGCUAAAAAAGAAUUAGAAACACAUUCCGUAGAGAAACAGUCUAUUUUCAUUUAUUCAUGCGAUGUCAGUGAUGAAAAACAAGUGGAUUCCAUGUUGGAAGAAAUCUACUCGAAAAUGUUAAUAAGAAAAGUUGAUUAUUUAUUUAUUAAUCAAGGAUUGUCCAUACCAGGUUAUGCUACACUUCAACCAAUGAGUGAUUUUAAAUAUCAAAUGGAUUUAAAUUAUUUCAGUCACGUACUUGUUUCAAAGAAAUUUAUUCCCUCCAUGCUUGAUGACAAUAAGGAUGGAAAUUCAUCAUCACACAUUAUUUUCGUUGGAAGUGCAUGCUCAAUUACAUCAUUUGUUGGAUACGGAUCAUACGCUCCUACAAAAUAUGCUAUAAAAGGUUACGCUGAAGCAUUGAGAAGCGAAUUAUUAGGUACCAAUAUUCAUAUUCAUUUGGCAUUGCCUGUGGAUACUGACACAGAGGGUUUUAAAAAGGAAAACGAAACAAAACCAAAGGAAUGUGCUACAUUAUCAAGUCUAUCUGGAUUGCAAACGUAUGUUGAGUCAGGAUCUUCACUGGUCAGAAAUUUGAUGAAGAGUGCCAUUCAAUUCUACGUGACAUCAUCCUUUGAUACUUAUUUGCAAAUUGUGGGUGGAACAUUGGGUGUUGGCCCUUGUGUAAAUAUUUACAACUAUCCAUUGUUGGAUGCUAUUGUGGGUGGAAUGAUGGUCAUACCAGCUAUUUUGAGAGGUUAUGCCUACUAUUUUGAUAAGGUCAGUUAUGAGGCUGCCUUAACACACAGAAAUGAACUAUUCAAAAAGAAUUUGCGCAAACCUUUAGAGUCAUACACAACAAAAGAAAAGUAA